AUGGCUCCUUCUACGAGACACUCCCAGAAUCUGGGCCAUGUCGUUGAAUACAUUCCAGACCGACUCUAUCUGGGCGCCUAUGUGCACCCUCCGACUCCCGAUACGCCGCUCCCCGGCACCGAAUCCCCAAGGAAGCGAGCGUCGCGAUAUGCGGACGGAGCUGCCCCGGCACCUCUGGUAACCAACCGAAACCCUCCCUGCUACUUCACAGUCGACGACACUCUUCUGUACAACGCCUUUCACCACGACUUUGGUCCUCUGCACAUUGGCCAUCUCUACCGCUUUGCCAUCAAGUUCCACGAUAUCCUGGGCGCCAAGGAGAACCGAGACCGACCCAUUGUCUUUUACAGUGCUGCUGAUCCGAGGAGUCGCGCAAAUGCUGCCUGUAUGCUGGCUUGCUAUAUGGUUCUGAUUCAGAACUGGCCGCCUCACUUGGCCCUGGCCCCGAUUGCUCAGAUUGACCCUCCGUUGAUGCCCUUCCGAGAUGCCGGCUACAGCCAGGCAGACUACGGCAUCAGCGUCCAGGAUGUGGUAUAUGGUGUCUGGAAGGCCAAGGAAGAAAAGUGCUGCGACCUGGAUAACUUUGACUUGGACCAGUAUGAGAUGUAUGAGCGAGUCGAGCAUGGCGACUUCAACUGGGUCACGCCCAACUUUCUUGCCUUUGCCUCCCCUCAACACACGCCAGUGGCCAAGAUUACUGAGGACUCCGACCUGUAUCCUCUGCUUCCCAGGGACGUGGCCGCGGUCGAGGAUCACCCGCUUCUUCCCCAGCCCUUCAAGAAUGUGCUCUCGCACUUUACUGAGCGUAACAUUGGCUUGGUCGUCCGAUUGAACUCGCCCCUCUACUCCCCAUCCUACUUUGAGGCGCUGGGAAUCCAGCAUGUUGACAUGAUUUUCGAUGAUGGAACCUGCCCUCCGCUUUCCAUGGUUCGCAAGUUCAUUCGCAUGGCUCACGAGACCAUCACUGUCAAGAAGAGAGGCGUGGCUGUUCACUGCAAGGCUGGCCUUGGCCGAACCGGCUGCCUCAUUGGCGCCUACCUGAUCUACCGCCACGGCUUCACUGCCAACGAAGUCAUCUCUUUCAUGCGCUUCAUGAGACCUGGUAUGGUUGUUGGACCUCAGCAGCACUGGCUGCACCUCAACCAGGGAACAUUCCGAGAGUGGUGGAUCGAGGAGCGUAUUGAGCGAAAGCUCAGGAGAGAGCUUGCUGCUGCUGCCGCCGCCGCCGGUCAUCCGGCACCCCAGACGCCCAUGCGAGCCGUCAAGUCUGCGCGUAACGGCCAGACAGUGACACCCUCUAACCGGAGCCCAUCCGGCCGCACUCCCCUUAGUGAGGUGGACCAAGAUCGCGGCAAUGUCGGAGUUCACGAAGAUUAUUUACCGGCGCCAACGCCAGGUCAGCCGCGAAAGGCGGCGCGCGAUCGGCGCAAUCAUCAUCACAGAUCGGACGCUUUUCACGCGGCAGCGGAGGAGCAACUCUUCGAACAGCAGCAACAUAAACAGGAGGAAGUAACAGCACCACCAUCGCCACAGCGCCGUUCACAGCCCCCAGACUCGGACGAGGAGCAGCACUUGCGGAUGCGAAAGCAGCGCAAAGCGACCCAAUCAUCUAAUCGGAGCGAGAAAGCUCAAGUGGCAAGCCAGAACACGAGCCCCUAUGUCAUUGACAAUGACGCUUCAUUCGAUGCUGAGAAUAUUGGUUCCGUAAAACCCAAAUCUGCCGAGAGGGUCCCCAGCCAGCCUGGCACACUCGCCAAAGUCCGGAAUCGGCGGCAAGCUGCGGAUUCACCCUUGAGAUCCAAGGAAUCUGCUGGUGUUCGCAAGACGAGUGGCCGUGUCGGUAGUGCUGGUGUGGGCGCGGCGGUAUCUUCCACUGGCCGCAGAGUCUCGGGCACGACGUAG